GUCCGAGAGCAGGCGCGCGCAUCUGUCUGUGUUAAAUUAACUUUCUUUUUCUGUUCACGCAACCUUCGUUUAAUUAUUCUCUGAAAUGGAUUAUCCUACUUUUUACAAUUAAAUUAUUGUGGACAAACAAAACAAGGAUUAAGUUUAUUUUCUGUGGUGAAUGUUGAAGCGGGGGAGUUGAGAGUUCUGAUUGGAGUUCUGUCAUGAAGUUGUUCACAGCGCUGAUUGCAGCAACAGCGUCCGCCUUCUAAUCAACUUCACCACCGCUGCUCAAGUCACUUCUGACUGAAAAGUUAUGGGGAAAUGGCAGCUAACCCUGGACCCAAUACAGGAAUGGGGGGAGGAGGUGGAGGAUGGGGUGGUGUAUGGCGUGACCCUUCACAGGGAGCCGGCAUGUACCCCCACCUCGGACUUGGUGAGCGUGGCCUGUGUGCAGUAUCGGACGCUGAAGGUGCGCAGAGUGAAGGCGGCCAUGUUGGAGCACCUCAUCACUGAGCUGGUGAAGCCCGAGUGUGACGAACCCGACUACGCCCGAAUCUUCCUCUCCACCUACAGAGCCUUCACCUGCACCAGCACACUCAUCGAGAUGCUGUUUCAGAGGGAAGACAAAAUCAUCAACUUGGACAACAGUGUAUGUGUGAGGAGUUCUCUCCCAGCGUUGGUGAAGUUGUGGUUGGAGGAGUUCGCUGAGGACCUGAGAGACUCUCCUCUCCAUCCAUCGCUCCGUCUGCUCUCCUUCCAUCUGCGCCAUCGCCUGUGUUUCAGACGCAUUGCUCAGCACGCCGACACACUCUUACACACCUUUCAAGAGGAAGACAGGCGUGCUGAGAACAGGUCAGAGGUCACUAAUGUUUUUGGAGAAGAAACAGGAAGCGUCCUGAGCUGCUCCGCCCGGGACGUCGCUGAGGAGCUCACCAGAUUGGACGCUGGCCUGUUUGCGUGUGUGGUUCCGUUCCACUGUCUCGGCUGUGUUUGGUCUCAGAGGGAUAAGAAGCAGAACCGGAGCUUAGCGCCCAGCGUGAGAGCCACAAUUGCCCAGUUUAACUCUGUCACUAACUGGGUCAUCACCUCGCUGCUCUGCACACCCACAACCCCAAACUCCGCCCCCACUUCUCCAAAAUCAUCCACAUCACCCAGACUACACCCCUGCUGCCAUCACACAAGCCCCGCCCACCGUGCUCGCAUCAUCGAGAAAUGGAUCUCUGUGGCUCAGGAGUGCUAUCUGUUGAGGAACUUCUCGUCUCUGCGUGCGAUCCUGUCUGCUCUACAGUCCAACGCUGUGUAUCGCCUCAAAAAGACCUGGGCUACAGUCAGCAAAGAGAGUCUAGCCACCUUUGAGCAGCUGUGUGAGAGCUUUCCUGAUGAAAACUGUGUUCUGGCUAACAGAGAGAUCCUGGAGGACAGUAAUAAGCACACAGAGGAAAACCCCUCUACAGCACUCGGAUCUCCUAAUCUCAGUCCCACCUCCAAACGCACGAGCUACAGUGGGGGGGAGGUGCCGUACCUGGGGACAUACCUGACCAUCCUGACCAUGUUGGACACAGCUCUACCGGACACAAUAGAGGGUGGACUAAUCAACUUUGAGAAACGGAGAAGAGAGUUUGAGGUUCUGUCUCAGAUCCGCCAGUUGCAGGUGUCGUGCUCUCUCUACUCUCUCCCAUCUCACCCCCAUGUCUCCUCCUGGCUAAACAGCUGCUCACCCCUGUCUGACCAGCAGAGUUAUGAUCUGUCCCGACAGUUGGAGCCCCCAGUGGAUUCGUGUCCCGGGUCACCGAGCUGGAGCCAUCGACUCAUCAGCAGGAAACUUGGCUUGUUGUUGAACAGCAGUGACAGCUCUAGGAAGAAAACACACUUGGAUCAGAUGAGUGUUUCCUCAUCAGGCUCCAGCAGCUCUGAGAUGGACGACUUCUCCGUUCCACUCCGCCCCAAAUCACAGUCUGGACCAUGCCUGAACAUCUCAGGAGACUCCUCCGGGUUAUGUCCUGAUCCACGCUGCGCCUCUCCUGCUCCCUCCUCUCUGUCUGACAUCUCCAGUCUGAGCUCUGAUGGUGCGUCUCCUCCUUCCUCCUCCCAGGCUGUGUAUAAUAAACAGAGUGACGGCUGCAUCAUCAGAGUCAGUAUGGCGCUCCACAGCUGCAACGUCUACAAGAGCAUCCUGAUAAGCAGUCAGGAUAAGACAAGUCAGGUGAUACAGAGAGCUCUGGAGAAACACAACGUGGAGAAUAUGAGCUGUAACGACUUCACACUCACACAGAUACUGCACUGUGAUAAAGAGCUGUUGAUUCCAGAUAAAGCGAAUGUGUUCUACGCGAUGUGUCCCUCAGAGAGUUACGACUUUGUUCUGCGUCAGCGCUGGAGGAGUCACAAUCUGAGCUCAAGUCCCGCUGUCCUGCGCAGAGAUCAUAAGUAACCAUGUGAGCUGGAGGACUCGCUCUGUGUGUGUGUGUGUGUGUGUGUGUGUGUGUGUGUGUGUGUGUGUGUGCGUGUACGUGCACGUGUACAUGUGUGAGAGACUCAUUAAGCUAUUUUCAUGUGUUUUAAUAUUUUAAACUCACCAAGUUUUAUUGGUUGAUGAUAAUCACAGUAAUCAAGCUAAACAUUUUAUUCUACUUUUCCUUUUUUAGUGAGAUAAAAACACGUUUUAAAGCUAAAGACUGUUUAUGAAUGUUAUGUUUACACACACUGUAUAACUUAUGACCAGCAGGUGUGUGUUAGUGCAUUAAUGUGUACAGUACAGAUAUUUAUUUGAAUAAUUUUGUGCAGUGAUAAUAAUAAUUAUAACAAUGCAGAGGUAUUCUAUGGAUAUUACGGUCCGAGUGUUUUAAGUACCAGGAUUUUACUUAUUUAUUUUGAUGUCCAUUACAGCACACUGAUUCAGUUUUAUUAUCGUUGUUCAGUUUGCCGGGUUUAACUGGAAUGUGCAACUUUUUUCCUGUUAAUGCACAAAAUCACCUGAAGCUGCAGUAACUAGUUUAAAAGUUCCUGAAUUUAUCCCAGUGUCUUCCUGUUUUAAUGCAUUCCUCUCUGUUUUAAAGUAAUAAAUGCAUA